UUCCUCAUGAAAGAAAGAAGAUGAGAAGCUUCCAGAACAGAGCAGAAGACUUUUCAUCCUCUCAUUUCAAACUGCUGACUGCUCCUUUCUUCUUUUUCACCUUUUCACUUCAUAUUGAGACCAGAAUUCAACUCAUUUUGACCUGAAAACACUUCGGUCCUUCAAAGAGUCAAACAUCUCGCCUGCAUUAAAGCAUGUCAGCACCUCACUGUGGUCUUUCCAGGGAUUCUAUGAACUCAGUGAAGGUUUAGUGAGAUAAAUCAGACUCGUCACAAGGUCAAAGAUGAGCUCAACUCCAGAAGUCGUCCUGGGAAUGCUGGAUGAUUUAAUGGAUGAAGACUUUAAAAGGUUUAAGUGGUAUUUAUGUCAAGAUGGGGCUCUUAAAGGGUUCAAACCAAUCCCAAAAAGUAAACUGGAGAGUUUGGACAGAAUUGACACAGUGGAUAAGCUGGUCCAAACCUACAGCAGCCAUGCUCUUGAAGUCAUGAAGAUGGUUUUAGAGAAAAUGUAUAUGACACAUAUAUGGGAGAAACACACCAGAAACAUCUUUGAACCUGAAGGGCACAAAAGUCGUGAAGAGGAUCUGUUGUUAGCAGAAUCUAAGAAGUGUCAGGAAGAACUGAAGUCCAAGCUGAAGAAUGAGUUCCAGUGUGUGUCUGAGGGGAUCCCGGAGCAAGAACAGUCCACUGAGCUGAACCAGAUCUACACAGAGCUCUACAUCACAGUGGGAGGGACUGCAGGGGUCAAUCAGGAACAUGAGGUCAGACAGAUUGAAAGGACAGAAAACAGAAAAGGAACGAUUAUCACACUAGACAACAUCUUUAAAGCCUCACUUGGAAGGUCUAAACCAAUCAGAACAGUGCUGACAAAGGGAGAUGCUGGCUUUGGAAAAACAGUCCUGACACAGAAGUUCACUCUGGACUGGGCUGAAGGCAAAGCCAACCCGGACGUCUACUUCAUAUUUCCAUUCUCCUGCAGAGAGCUCAAUAUAGUGAAGGAGGAGAACUUCAGCUUGGUGGAACUUGUUCAUCACUUCUUCACUGAAACCAAAGAAGCAGGAAUCUGCAGCUUUGAAGAAUUCCAGGUGAUCUUCAUCUUUGAUGGUCUGGAUGAGUGUCGAUUCCCUCUGAACUUCAAGCACACUAAGAGCCUGACUGACAUUAGAAAGUCCACCUCAGUGGAUGUUCUGCUGAUAAACCUCAUCAGGGGGAAACUGCUUCGCUCUGCUCGAAUCUGGAUCACCACACGACCUGCAGCAGCCAAUCAGAUCCCUGAUAAGUGUGUAGACAGGGUGACAGAGGUCCGAGGGUUUAAUGACUUACAGAAGGAGAAGUACUUCAAGAAGAGAUUCAGAGACGAGGAGCAGGCCAGCAGCAUCAUCUCCCACAUCAAGACCUCCCGAAGCCUCCACAUCAUGUGCCACAUCCCGGUCUUCUGCUGGAUCACUGCUACGGUUCUGGAGAAGGUGCUGAAGAGCAGAGAUGGAGGAGAGCUGCCCAAGACCCUGACUCAGAUGUACAUCCACCACCUGGUGGUCCAGGCCAAAGUCAAGAAGGUCAAGUUUGAUGGAGGAGCUGCCACAGAUGAAACCUGGACUCCAGAGAGCAGGGAGAUGAUAGAGUCUCUGGGAAAACUGGCUUUUGAUCAGUUGCAGGAAGGAAACCUGAUCUUCUAUCCAUCUGACCUGACAGACUGUGGCAUCAAUCUCAGAGCAGCCUCAGUGUACUCAGGAAUGUUCACACAGAUCCUUAAAGAGGAGAGCGGCCUGUACAAGGACAUGGUGUUCUGCUUCAUCCAUCUGAGCCUUCAGGAGUUUCUGGCUGCUCUUCAUGUCCAUCAGACCUUCAUCAAGUCAGGAAUCAACCUGCUCGAUGUAAAACAGGAAACAUCCAAGAUGUUCAAAGGAAUGAAGACAACACCAAAUCUCCACCAUCUCCAUCAGAGAGCUGUGGACGAGGCCUUGAAGAGUCCAAAUGGACACCUGGACUUGUUCCUCCGUUUCCUCCUGGGUCUUUCACUGCAGACCAAUCAGAGUCUCCUUCGAGGUCUGCUGACACAGACAGGAAGUAGCUCACAGACCAAUCAGGAAACAGUCCAGUACAUCAAGAACAAGCUGAAUGAGAGUCUGUCUGCAGAGAGAAGAAUCAAUCUGCUCCACUGUCUGAAAGAACUGAAUGAUGGUUCUCUGGUGGAAGACAUCCAAUGGUACCUGAGGUCAGGAAGUCUCUCAGUAGCCAGUCUGUCCCCUACUCUGUGGUCAGCUCUGGUCGACAUCUUACUGUCAUCAGAAGAAGAUCUGAAGGAGUUUGACCUGAAGAAAUAUUCUCCUUCAGAGGAGGCUCUUCUGAACCUGCUGCCAGUGGUCAAAGCCUCCAACAAAGCUCUGUUGGAGAACUGUGGUCUGUCAGAGAGAAGUUGUGGAGCUCUGUCCUCAGUUCUCAGCUCUCAGUCCUCCAGUCUGACACAUCUGGACCUGAGUAACAACGACCUGCAGGAUGCAGGAGUGAAGCUACUGUCUUCUGGACUGGAGAGUCCUCACUGUAAACUGGAAGCUCUCAGUCUGUCAGGGUGUCUGGUCUCAGAGGAAGGCUGUGCUUCUCUGGUCUCAGCUGUGAGAUCCAAGUCCUCCCAUCUGACAGAGCUGGACCUGAGCUACAACCAUCCAGGAGACUCAGGAGUCAAACAACUGUCUGCUGCUGUGGGGGAUCCACACUGCAAACUGGAGACUCUCAGGGUGGACCAUGGUGGACAGCAGAGGCUCAAACCUGGUCUGAGGAAGUAUUUCACCCAACUUGAACUGGAUGAAAACUCAAUGAGCAGAAACCUCAAACUGUCCAACAACAACAGGAAGGUGACACAUGUGAAGGAAGAGCAGCCGUAUCCUGAUCAUCCAGACAGAUUUCAUGUCUUGCAGCUGCUGUGUAGAAAUGUUCUGAGAGAUCGAUGUUACUGGGAGGUCGAGUGGAGCGGAAGUGUUAAUAUAUCAGUGAGUUACAGUACAAUGGAAAGGAAAAGAGGCACUCGUAGGUGCACGUUUGGACAGAAUCAUCAGUCCUGGAGUCUGGAAUGUUCUGGUGCAGGUUACUACGUCUGUCACAAAGGCAACAGAACAGUCCUCUCCCCCACCUCCUCCUCCUCCUCCUCUGGUAGAGUAGGAGUGUAUGUGGACUGUCCUGCUGGCUCUCUGUCCUUCUUCAGAGUCUCCUCUGACUCUCUGAUCCAUCUCUACACCUUCAACACCACUUUCACUCAACCUCUCCAUGCUGGAUUUAGACUCUGGUUCCCUGGUUCUUCAGUGAGUCUGUGUCCUCUGUAGGAAGGACAAUCUCUAUCUCUGACAACAGGAACUAAGAGAAGUCUAUCACUACGUGAGAGGUGUGUUUGAAAAUAAAUUGCCAAAAUGUUUUAUUCUGUAAAGCUCGCCUCCCCCUUCUUACGUCAGAAGUCCCCACAAACAGAAAUCGAUACUUGUUGGACUUCGGGUAGAACCCUCUGUACAUUGUGAGGAGUUUCUUUGUCUUGAUUUCAGUAGCUUACAUCUCUUCCAGUGUCCAGGAUAUUAUGCCAGCUGGGUUUCUGAUGACUGGCAGGCAUUCAUGUUGAUGGUUCUCAGAUAAUGAAUAAGUGAACAUGCUGGAGGAGGUUCCAUGGUGCAAGACCAGCUCCUCCUCAUGAAAGAUACUUCCAAACCAAUGAGAGAGGGAGUCAAAAGAGGACAAAUGAAUGAGCGUUGCUUGUCAGUGACACACAUCACAGUGGAACUUUUCAAAUGAUUUUUAUGUUACUUUAGAUUUUUAUUCAUUACUCUUUUAUGUUUAGAAGUAGUAUCAUGUAAGCUCAUUAAUAAAAUAUUGUUUUAUAAUCCCGCUCAUAUAUAAUCCCACGCAUGCUGGCUGAUUUAACCAUAAGGUUUUGUUAUGAUUGAGAUGCAGACAUUAUCAGCUGUUGCAAAUAAGGAUGGCUUUGCUGCACAGAAAGUUGAACAGGAAAUGGUGGGCUCUCUGCAGGUGUUGAACUGAAUGUAACCUCGCAAGUUGACAUAUUGUCCUGAUUGGUUGGUGUGAAGAACUCACUUGCAGAUCCCACGUGGUCUGAAAGCAGAAGAUUGUUUUUCUUUUUUUCAAAAUGUGCUGUUGUGUUUUGCUGAGAACUGAGGCUGAGUUGGUUUCCUUGGUAACGAGACAGGAACACAUGCGUCAGAGCAGAUUAUGUUCGAACCUGAUAAAGGCUCUAUCUUCCGGUGGAGUGUGUACACUCAAAAGAGGCUGCCACCUGCUGGGAGCUCUCUGAACUUUGAAUCAGACGAACUUUUAAGGUUGAAUUAAACACCCAAAAUGACAUUAACAACAGAUCAUAAGGAGUGGUAAAUUCUGAUCACUGCUCACCUAAACUUUCCAAAUCCAAAUCAAUACAUGGCUGAAAUUUAAGACAUGUAGGAACCAACACAAAAUCAGUUCUCUUUGAUUUUUAUUCGUUUCUUUUGGUGUUUUAUCUGUUUGCAAAAAUGUUCUCUUGAAUUAAAACUUGUAAUCCUUGGUCUGAAUAAAAAAAAACACAAUAAAAGUUCAAAAA